AGUGCCCAAAUCGCCGGCUCGGUCCACUGUUGGUUUAGCUCGCCCCAAGUGAAUACGCCGCGAUCUCGCACCAAAUCCUGAGAUCUCGGCCGCUUGCCCGGCCGAUGCCGCCGACCGUCGCCAUCGGAAUCGCAAUCGCUUGCCGAUCCGCUUCCCUUUUUACACCCCGCUCCCCUUUGCCCGCACCUCUUCCGGUCGUCCCAGUUCCCGCCCACCGACCGGCGCGCACGCCUCGGCCGACCGUACUGCCCAAACCCACAUUAAAAUCCCUCACCAACUUGCGAUCCCGAGGCGCUACCUUCCCUUCGCGCAGCUGGCUCCCAGCUCGGCGCGCGAGAUGCGGGGGGCGGGGGCAGUGAAGGCGGGGAGCCGGCCGCCGUGGCUGGGGCUGGGGGCGGCGGUGUGGGUGCAGGUGGCGGGCGGCGCCAGCUCCACGUUCGCGCUCUACUCGCACGCGCUCAAGGUCGCGCUGGGGACGGACCAGCGCCGGCUCGCGCUGCUUGGGGUCGCCUGCGACGUCGGCGAGAACCUCGGGCUGCUCCCAGGGGUGCUCUGCAACCGGCUGCACCCCGCGCUGCUCUUACUCAUCGGCGCCGCCGCGUGCCUCCUCGGGAACGGCAUCACUUGGCUCGCCGUCUCCGGCGCCGCACCCGCGUUGCCAUACUGGCUGAUAUGGUUUGCAUUAUGUCUUGCUGCAAACGGUGGUGCAUGGUUGGGGACUGCCGUUCUAGUCACCAACAUGAGGAACUUCCCACUCAGCAGAGGUGCUGUUGCUGGCAUUCUUAAAGGGUACUCUGGUUUAAGUGCUGCUGUCUACACUGAAAUAUACACUGGAGUGCUUCAUGAUUCUCCCACCAACCUAUUGCUUUUUCUCACUCUGGGAGUUCCUGUUGUAUGCCUUCUGACGAUAUACUUUGUUCGUCCUUGCAAACCCUCUCUGGUGGAGAACAAUGCAGAGCAAGUCCAUUUUAUCUUUGCGCAAAUGGCGAGUGUUCUUCUUGGGGUUUAUCUUGUUGCGGCUACGAUAUUGGAUCAUGUUGUGACUCUUACUGAUGUUAUGAACUAUUCUCUGCUUGCCAUUAUGGUUCUUCUCGUUUUUGCUCCCGUUGCUAUACCAUUGAAGAUGACACUGUUCCCAAGUAACAGGAGAAAAGGCCAAUCGGACUCAUCAGAGUGCUCUCCAACCACUGAUAAUGAUCAGAUAGAACCACUUUUGCCUUCUUCCUCUGGAUCAAACCUUGGUAAUCUUGAAGAAGAUGAUGCCACAGAUAUUGACAUUCUCUUAGCUGAGGGUGAAGGGGCUAUAAAGCCGAAGAGAAGAAGACCAAGAAGGGGAGAAGAUUUCAGGUUUCGUGAAGCGAUACUGAAGGCAGAUUUCUGGCUUCUCUUUGCAAUAUAUUUUAUUGGGGUUGGAUCUGGAAUCACUGUUCUUAAUAAUCUAGCACAAAUAGGAAUUGCUGUAGGUGCUGUCGACACAACCAUCUCACUCUCUCUCUUCAGCUUCUGCAAUUUUUUUGGCCGUUUGGGAGGUGGUGCUGUUUCUGAGUAUCUUGUCAGGUCAAGGACGCUUCCACGAAGUGUAUUGAUUGCAUGCACCCAAGUAGUGAUGAUAAUUACAUACCUGCUCUUCGCGUUGGGUCGCCAUGCCACACUCUAUAUCUCCGUUGCUUUACUUGGCAUAUGCUACGGUGUCCAAUUCUCUGUGAUAAUUUCAACUUCAUCAGAGCUGUUCGGAUUGAAGCACUUCGGAAAGAUAUAUAACUUCAUUGCGCUGGCAAAUCCAGUCGGCGCGUUCUUGUUCAACAGUCUUGCUGGCUAUGUCUAUGAUCUAGAGGUGGAAAAACAGCGCGUUGGAAGGGCAGACUUGGAUAUCGCGUGCCAUGGCCCUAAUUGUUUCAGACUUACAUUUUGCGUUCUAGCUGGCGCGGCUAGCUUGGGCACAUUGCUGAGCAUGGUUCUGACGGUGAGGAUUCGACCAGUGUAUCAGAUGCUCUAUGCUGGUGGAUCCUUCAGCCAGCCCAGGAGCUCUGCACAUUGAUCAAUGGCGAUGUAGUACUUUUUUGCAUCUACCUUAAUGCAGUAUGAGGGCCGAAUUGCUUCACGAAUGGUCUAUUGUAAUCACUGUAUUUCAAGUAUGAGCACGCACCUUAAUUUUUGUACUCCGUAUUGUCAUUCUGGCUCUAGUUUGGCCUAGGGUGUGGAAUGAGAAAUUGUUUUGCUGAGCUUCUUGUACCAGACGCUGUCGCUGCUACUCCAGGUCAACGCGCUGAGGCAAGACCGAAGAAUCCUAGGGUGUAUAAAAACUGAAAUUCUUACUCGUGUACAAUAAUGCUGUUUAUGUAUGGCAUGCUUAUGCACCA